AUGUGGGGCUCAAAUAGAACUAUGGUGAAUGAGUUUAUUCUUCUUGGCUUUACCAAUCAUCCUACAUUACAGCAUCUUUUCAUUGGGCUGUGCCUUGUAAUGGCUGUGGCCACAGUAAUUGGAAAUAGUCUCAUUAUUUUCCUGGUUUGGACUAACUCCCACCUCCACACAGCUAUGUAUUUUUUCAUUAGUAAUCUCUCGUUGCUGGACAUACUUUUCACAAUAAUCACUGUUCCUCAGAUGCUUGUACACCUAGCUUCUGGGGUUAAUAUAAUUUCAUUCAAUAGAUGCAUGGCUCAACUUAAUCUGAGCCUAUCCUGUGGAAUGACUGAGUGCUUCAUUCUGGCUUUCAUGGCCUAUGACCGCUAUGUGGCAAUAAGUCAGCCUCUAAGAUACCCUACCAUCAUGGGAAUGUGUUUAUGCAUAAAGAUGGCAGGGAUCUGCUGGGUCACAGCAUUUUUAAAUGCUUCUGUACUGACAGCCAUCACUACGAGUUUUCCUUUCUGUGGACCCAAUCAGAUUAAUCAUUUCUAUUGUGAGUUACCUGCAAUGCUUCAACUGGCAUGCAUGGAUACAUAUAUGGCAGAGGCCCUUAUCUUUGCCCUGAGUGUGAUUGUACUCAUGCUACCUUUUACUUUCAUAGUGAUUUCUUAUGUUCACAUUGUCAGAGUAGUGCUCAGCAUGCACUCAACCAAAGGUCAUCAAAGAGCCUUCUCCACUUGUGCUACCCACCUGACUGUUGUUACAUUAUUUUACAGUACCAUUGGCUUCACUUACUUAAAACCAAGAUCUCAUCAUGUAGCAGACCAGGAGAAAAGGGCCUCAGUCUUCUAUGCUUUGGUCUCUCCCAUGCUGAAUCCCAUCAUCUAUAGCCUGAGAAACAAGGAUGUUAAAGAGGCUUUGGCCAAAGCAAUGGGGAAAGUCAGCUGA